UGGCUCAUUGUUGUGGUGGUUAUCUUGGCUGGAAGAUAUUGCUGAACUUCUACAACAUUUAUAUAAAAAGUGUAGACAAAAUUGAUCAUCGUUAAAACGUUUCGAAAUUAGAAAGACGAAAUUAUUUAAAAUAAAAGUGCAGAGGAGGCGGUGUAAAAAUAUUUUAAUUUUAAAUCUGCAUUCUCUUCUUUAAUGUCAGUGGACAAAGGAUUUUCUCAUCGGACUAUAGUGCGCAGUGUCUUUUAAAUAUAAACCUGAACUGGAAAUUUGUCAACAAGUUAACGAGGCAUAUAUCAUAAUAUUUUUUUGCGGACCUACCCUCUUGUCAAAAUGGCUUUUAUUCACUGGAGCCGACGAUGGAAAACAAUUUCAAAAGGUUGCCGCAAUUAGAUCUUCUGACAACAAUAGAUUGAAAGCACCAAGCAGAAACUAUGGCACAGCUCUCUCAAUUUCAAGAGGAUAACGGUAUGCAAUAUUCUGGAAAUAACAGCGGGGACGUACUAACCAUGGGUGGCAACAGGUCAAAUGCGACGCAUUUCACAGACGAUGCAGAGCUUCCGUUCUUUCAAUCUCUCGCUCUCCACUUUGAUAAUCUCUUCCCUUUAAAGUAUAGUGUGCCAAUAAAUGGUUACAUUGCCCCUGUGCUUAUCCUAUUGACGGUCGUUACCAAUACACUUGUUAUAGCCGUACUUCUUAAGAAACACAUGCGCUCGCCAACUAAUGUCUUACUCGCUGGAAUGGCCUUUAGUGAUAUGAUGACAGGAGUAAUCCCAUUGCCAAUUUUCCUACAUUUCUUCUCAAUGGAACAUUACAAAGACUUUGUUCCGAUUGGCUGGUGCCUUCCUUAUAGACUACUAUACGAGAACAUUCCUACAAUAUUUCACACGGCUUCUAUUUGGUUAACAGUAGGAUUAGCCGCCCAACGGUACAUCUAUAUUUGCCAUUCUCUGCAAGCUCGGACCUGGUGCACCAUCCCAAAUGUGUUACGGGGCACAGUCGUCGUGUAUCUGGUUGCGAUUCUGUCACAGUUUACUCGUUUCGUUGACGUUGAAAUCAAGCCGCAACAUGUACCUUCAAGACUUGAUACCAAUCAGACCUUCGUGGGAUGUGACCUGAUCUAUAGGCCUUGGGCAAUGAACAACCUCGUGAUGUACUUGAAUAUAUACUUCUGGUUUAGAAUUAUUUUUAUUCAUCUCGUUCCGUGUAUUUCACUUGUUGUAUUAAACGGGUUGCUGAUAUCUGCCAUGCGGAAAGCCUCGGUUCGGAGGAUGCAGCUUUUAAAGCAAAACAAGAAGAGCGAAUCAAAAAAGUUGAAAGAGAGCAACUGUACGACGCUGAUGUUGGUUGCGGUUGUCGGGCUGUUUUUAUUGGUUGAAUUUCCGCUCGGAAUAAUUAUGACGCUCUACGUUACAGACAACACAUUUGCUCUAAAUUUAUUCUCUGAAGAUGUGUACUUGAUAAUGACCUCUAUGUCGAAUUUCUUUAUACUGUUGAGCUACCCUCUGAACUUUUUCAUAUACUGUGGAAUGAGCCGCUUGUUUAGGGAGACAUUUAAACGAUUAUUCAAAGGUGGACCAGUGCCGGCAAAAGAAGAAUGUUCUCAGUAUAUGACUUUGCCAACGGAAAACGGCAAGACAGUGUUUACUGGACCAGAAACAGCGUUGUGAACCGAGGUAGUCAAAAUGUGACCAGAGUGCGUUCCCGAAAAUGUAAUCAGAUUAUUUAUAUUUCGAAAAUCGUUUUACGGUUGAUAUUUUGCAGUACUUUCUGCCCUUAAAAGAAGUUCUGAAUGAGAGAAGUAUAUGAUAACAUAUUGUUGAAGUUGAAGUUUGAAAGUGUGAAAAAUCCAGGCGUUUAUAGCUUGCGAAAAAAGGACGUCUUGGAGUUAUACUGUAAAUAACAAUAUUUGAAUAAAUCGUUUGUGUAAACACACUUCAUUGGAACCUAUUUUCGAUCAAAUCUCAAACACAUUUACUCUUAAUGGGAACUAAUUGGAUGUCUUGAUAUCACUGUGCGUCGUUAUAUCAAAUACACAAAUGUAUGAUCAGUCACGUAAUCACUACCACGGAUAUUUGGACAUAACUGUCUUUGAAAAUGGAUUCCGUGCUUCAAAUCCGAUGUGUGAACUAUCGAAUCCUGUUGAGAGUUAAUCUACUAUUAAAUAUAAAAUAUAAGGUUUGUCCGUUAUACAGAAACACGUAUUGUUAAGACUUUAUUACAUCAGCGUGUUUCAUUAAUGCGAACAUCUAUUCUUGCUGAAACUGUAAAUGGCGGGCUUUGAAUGAUUUAUUGGCUGCGAUAUUCUACAUUGUUUAUUGUUUUUACAUUUUUCCCAUCACUUAUUUAUGUUGUUUUCGUGCCUGUUUUCACAUAUUUUUAUUAAAUCGUAAAUGGUUUGCACAUAUUCUGGGGUGAUUGAAUUCGAAUGAUUUCAAGAGAGAGUGAGAUGCGGAUUGUUCCGUUGAAACAUAUGAAUGAAAAGGCACAGGUCAAGUGCAGAACAAAAAUUACAACCUAAGCUUUAUUUAGUACUUGAUUUUUUGUCUUUACGGAAGAUACGGAAAAUACUACAUACGAGAUUGACUGAGGGGCUAUGGACUCAACGCCCUUGUAUGUGUUACAUUUGAUUUUUUUUAUAAAACAUUUGCUUUCAUGUAGUGAAUGGUAUAUUUCAGAAACACAAAAGUCUGUGAAACUUGUUAUGCGAAGCAACAUAGAAAUCAUUAUCAGGAUAAAAUUGCAGGUCCCGCAGGCAUGAGACAUUGAUUUGUAAGGUCUUUAAUGUAUUUGACAUCGUCUCUCAGAAAACUGAAGUUUCGUGUGCAAAAUAGAGAAAUGUCCCCAUCAGGCAUUGCUUGGUGCUGUAUAAUUUAUACCAUAUAAUUUGCGACCUUUACCAAACAUUCAAUCGACGACUCGUUUGGGAAUAAAUCACGAAAAGCACCAUUCAGAAACAAAAUCUUAUUUCUAUCUGGUUUCGUUUACACCAAUGUUCUCAGAAAAGACAUUAUACAACCCAUCAGCUAAAUGAUUCAUGACCUAAACGAAUUCAAGAAAAAUUAGGAACAACUGUUUCUUUUUUCAUUUAGGUCACGCACUGAAAUGAAUUGAUGCGGUAUCUUUGUACAAACGUGAUAUAUAACAAAGUGAAAUAUAUUAUACAAUAAAUGCAGUGUCUAAUACGAACAACUUGAUUUCGACAAAUGCCGCUGCGCCGAAGAUUAACUCGUAGCCAGGAAAAAUACAUUGACUCAAUAUAUAAUAUACAUUAUUAAGCUGAACUUAUUUCUGUACAAUUAUUUCAUUUUAAUUACGUUUUAUUGCUAAAAACAAAAGUAUAAUAUUGUAUUAAUGCAUUUAUAACGGUUAAAUGUACUCUAAUGCCAUGUUUCAAAAAUAUUUGUUCAAAUAACUGGUUUCAUGUAAUUCAAUAAGAAAAAAAACUAAACUUGUUCUCUUAAUAAGCAGUUCUGAAAUAAGAGCAGAAGAAAAACGUAGAUUCAAACAAAACUCGAGAAAUUAUUUAAAAGCCAUGCUAAAUGGUUAUUGUAUCAAACAGAAAACAGGCAUAUGCAUCAAAGUAAUGCAAAUGGCAUUUUAGUCCAUUCAGAUGUCUCCUGAUAUAAUUUGUUGAUCACCAUUGUAGAGCUGAAGCGUUGCAGAAAACAGGAAAUUGCGGGGGAACAUAAAGAUUUAAUCCAUUACAUAGCAUAGAAUGUAGAUAUUGACCAGUAAUUUGAUCGUUCUUUGCUCAGAAGUGUUCAAAAAUACAGUAGUUCAAUAAAAUAGUUUGACGUUAUCUUUAACCCAACACAAAACAAAGAUAAUAGAUGCACUUCUACAUUUCAUACGUUGUUACAUCAUUGAUAAAAAAGGUACUCAAACUAAUUGACUAUAACACAUAUUUCAGUAUUUUCCUGCUGUGUUAUGAUAAUAUUGUUAGAGUUCACGAUUUAUAAUAUCGUAUAAAGUUAUACUUACCUACAAUGCUAAACCACAUAAAACAACAUGCAAUCAUAUGGUUAUGCUAUUAUACUUUAUGUACUGUACUAACCGGUAUUUUGUACAUAUAUUGAAUAAUACUGAUAUAUGUUUAUAGCUAUAUAAAUGGUUAAUAAACAAUAAGGUGAACAUUGUCUUAAGGACUAUGAAAUUCAGUUAUAAGAAAGGUGAUCACUUACUCUGAAUUGCCUUACAUUACACUGGCACUAUAUAAGUAAUGUUUUAUAUAGUGUAAAAUUUAAUUCUGAAUUUGAAUUAUAAAGCGAAAUGUUUAAUAGUGCUUCCAAUUAGCAGAAUCUGAGUUUACAUUUUAAAAAUAUUCCGAAAUAAUAGUACUAUGACAAAUAUAAUAUAAGGUAGCAACACGUAAACAACAACAAAAACAACUACAACAGUUCACAGCGUUUGUUUAUUAAAAACAGGCCAAAUUCAUGUUUAAUAUGUAUGCAUAAAACUACUGAAACAAGCUCAGUAGCAGAAAGUUGAAACAUAAACCCGGUUUAAUGGCACUGGGUAAACACCAAAGAUAUAGACCAUAAAAAAAUCGCAAACAAAAAACAUGGAAGAACAGCACAAAACUCCACAAACAGCACAAUGCAUACAUACUAUAUAUUUAAAAAAAACUAGGUAUGUUUAUCAAAGAUUGUUCAGAUCGGAUAAACUAGAUGUAACUAAUAAUGCUUCAUCAUCCAGCCUCUUGUUAUACACUAAAACAGUAUUUAGCCUUAAUGGAUACGCGUAAUCCUGUCAUAGCUCGUACUCGUAUAUAUGGCAAAACCAGACGGAACAAAAACAAACAUCCAUUUAAAUGCAUCUACGAAUAAUAAAAUUCACAGAAAUGGACUGUAGGGAAAUCGCUGCAUUAGAAAAUAUUCAAAUUGAAAGAAAUGAUGUUUAAAUGAGAUAAACCAGUCGGCAUUUAGAUUUAGUAUUGUAUUGAUACGCUAACAAUAUAUUACUUGAGAUGUAUUUAUUUCAAGUAUUGGUACAGUCUGUUAAAAAUAGUAGACAAUCAUGCAUUAUACAAUUUAAUUGAAAAGUUUAACACUCGUUUGGGAUAAAAAUUCAGGUUACCUUUAUCUUAUAGUAACGGCAGAAGAAGUAAAUGGUAAAAGGACAGCUAAGAAGUACAAUGACUAUUUUUAUGAUCAGAUGGAUUUUUUUAUCAAUAUUUAUGCCAAAAAAACUACAGAAACAAGCUCAGUAGCAAAAAGAUUAAACAUAAACCCGGUUUAAUGGCACUGGGUAUACGACAAAGACAAAGAACAUAAAAACAAAAAGUCACAAACAAGAAACAUGGAAGGACAGCACAAACAGCACAGUGCAUACAUACUAUAUAUAAAAAACUAGGUAUGUUUUUCAAGGAUUGUUAGGUACCGCCUUGGAACGGUCAGUAAAAUGUAAAUUUUCAAGCCUACGUAAAGUCAGAUUGAUCGUCGACACCCUCAGCACUUAUUUCACUAAUAUUGCAACGUUAUAACACUGCGUAACAGAAGACGGUGAUAAUCAAGCAGAUCGUUAUCCGAUUAACUAAAUCGUUCCUAGAUGUAAUUAAAACCAAUAUUGAAAAUAGCAAAAUCAACACGUUCCAACCAUUAUAAAUAGAUUGUAUAUCUGGAUCUAUUCGUAUAUGAUUGUUUGAAGUCUCCUAUAUCAUAUUUUCUAAUGUGUUGAAAUACUUGUGAAUGGUUGAAUGUAUGCUUUGUUUAUAUACAAGUAUGUCACUUUGUUGAUUGUCAUAUGCUGUUUUUGUUGGUAACAUACUAUAACAUAAAUAUAUUCAUCUUACAUGCAUUGCGUUACUAGUGACGUGCUGGUUAUUAAUGUAUUGCCUGUAUUCUAGCUAUCGAAAUAAGUUGUACUGUCACAAUAUUUCAAUGUACGACAUUUUGUUACUGAAAGGAAAAAAAACAAAAAGUAGCAUUUCUUGCCAAACGGUCAGGAAAAGAAAUCAAAACAGUUGUUCAGACAGUUUAUACAGAUCAUAACGACAUACUGGUGGGGAAGAGGGAGAGAAAGAAAUAUCAAACAACAACUGUUAUGAAUUUUGAAUUUUAAGCAAAUUGUUAUAUCGAUAUAUGAAUGAGAAGAACUCUCAAAUUGUUAUUGUGUUACAAAUUUUUGAACAUUUUUAAUUGUUUUGUUGAUAAAACGUGUAUAAAGAUUUACUUUGAUUUUGUUUCUAAUUAGUUGUUACUCUGUCGUCAUGCCUGUUUGUAAUGUUUGUUUUAUGGUCGAGGUUUAUAAUGACCCGACCUCUAUC